AUGGAGCAGAGUGAGACGUCUCACCUCACUGUCCCAGAGGUCCUGCAGACGUCUCUCCUCUCCAGGCUGCUGCUGUUCACGCUGUGUGUCGUCUCCUCGCUCUGCCAGGAGGAAUAUUCAGGAUACCACUCAGGUGAGGAACACACCUAUGAAGGCUCCCUGGUGGACCAAUAUGACAACGUAGCCUCCCCUCAGCCCGAGUAUCCACCUGAGCCGACUCGCAGCUACGACGACCAGAGGCCAGAGGAGGAGGACUACGACCCUUAUGGCCCCGCCCCCACUCAGGUCACCAUGAUCACUGAGGACGCCUUCCCCUACGCCACCACCACCGAGUCCCACUACGCCAAGGAGGACACAGAGACCAUGCAGGUCCCGUAUGAGUAUCCUCCAGAAGGUCCAGACACGGACUCCCACGAGGAGUCUGGGCUCACUGGAGGCCUGGAGGAGGGGCCGACAGAGUGUGACUGUGAGCCCGGGGAGCCUGGCUUCGCUGGCUUUGCAGGACCAAAGGGAUCCAGAGGUCUGCAGGGUAAGACUGGAGUGCCAGCAGCUCAGGGCAGAGAGGGUUAUAAAGGAACCAAAGGGGUCCGAGGAAGAGGAGGAGACACCGGACCUGUGGGCGACCCCGGGCUCGAAGGAGACGAUGGAGCGUCUGGUUUCUCUGGAGCGAUGGGAGAACCAGGACUUCCAGGAGACCCAGGAGAGCAAGGAGUGCUGGGUCUGAAGGGUGACAUCGGCAUGGAGGGACCCCGAGGAGGAGUGGGAGAUCGUGGUGAGACUGGUCGUCAUGGUGAUGCUGGACCUUCUGGACCAAAGGGAGGGAAAGGUAUCACGGGUCAGAUCGGAGCUCCAGGGUUCCCAGGUGAUGUCGGCGACAGAGGAUACAAUGGUUAUCCUGGACAGCCGGGACCCUUUGGACCCACUGGACCAAAGGGCACUCAAGGUCAGGACGGCAUGCCCGGCAGUGAUGGUGACCCCGGAGAAGAUGGUCCUAUAGGAGUCCCGGGUGUGAUAGGAGACCCUGGACAGUUUGGUCCCAAGGGCAGUAAGGGCGAUCAGGGAGUGAGAGGACGUCGAGGCCGAGUGGGCACUGUGGGGGCCGUGGGGGAGCAAGGGGAUGCUGGAGUACCAGGAAAACCGGGAGUGAAGGGUCUGCAGGGCUCCACUGGGGCCAAAGGUGAGACGGGACCUGACGGCGAGAAGGGUGUUUCUGGAAGGAAAGGAAUUAAAGGAGCCAAAGGACUUAAGGGAAGUGUUGGAGACGGUGGAGACAAAGGACAGCGAGGGCCCAAAGGUGCAGUCGGUGGUACCGGCGUCCCCGGCCCCGUGGGACCGCCUGGCAUCCCAGGGACCAGAGGAGAGCGCGGCACCAUCGGUGACCUGGGAGUUAAAGGCAAGGCGGGAGCAAAAGGUGUUCCAGGGCCCACUGGUCCUGGUCUGACGGACGAGCAGGUCCUGCAGCUCUGCAAAGGUGUAGUCACAGCCCAGAUCUCCCAGUACGCCUCCUCCAUCCGCGCCAAGUGCUCCCAGGGCUGCCCCAUCAACAACCGCACACUCAUCGGGCCCCCAGGAGCCCAAGGGUCCAUGGGAUCAGUGGGGAAGCCUGGUAAAGCAGGUAAAGCUGGAGCUAAAGGAGCCAGAGGAGCUCAAGGUGACCGGGGACUGGAGGGACAGAAAGGAGCGCCGGGUAAAAGAGGUCAAAAAGGAGCCAAAGGCCUCGCAGGUGCUCCAGGUAAAGGUCUGCCAGGACCUGAUGGACCUCAAGGCCUCAGAGGUUUGCCGGGACACCCAGCAGAACCCAAAAACGGCAUGGAGGGUCCCCUAGGUCCCCGUGGUUUCCCCGGUCCAGUCGGUCAGACCGGCAUGCUCGGGAUCGCAGGUGUGCCGGGAUUUUGUGAGGCCCGUGACUGCAGCAUUCACGCACCGGUGAUGCGUAAAGAGCAGGGUCUGGUGAAAGGACCGGUCAGUUUAAAGUUCUGAACCUGAACAUGAACAAAAAGGACUUCUGUGGGAUUCUAGAGGGUCCGAGAUUCUCCAUGUGGCAACUUCCUCCAAAUACAUUCGAGCUCACAUAAAAGCUGGUUCCAUGCGUAACUGAGAAAAUUGCUAAAUUUGUGGGGUUAAUUUGUUUGACAUCUGGAUCGUUUCGACCCUUUAAUGACUGAUGUUGAGAAUGUCAGUGGCUCCAGUAUUGUACCGUGGGGAACUCCGCUGGGUGCAAAGUUUGGUAAGAAAUGGAUAAAUGUUCAGGAAUAAACCAGAAAAUACUUUUUUAAUCAUGCCAGACAAACUUUCAUUCUUCAGAAAGGAUUAAAGUACUUUCAGAGUUGACUAUGAAUAAAUGUGUCUAAAGUAAUAUUUGGUAAAAACGCUGAAAAUUCCCCUGAAACUUUCCUCCAUGUUGGUUUUUCAUUCUUUUUUUCUGGCUAAGUCACAUAAAAAAAUUAUCUGUAAAUAUUUUGUAAAGUAAGUCAAACACAUGUACUGUGCUCUGAAAUAUGUUUCAG